AUGGCUGAAAGGGGUACUGAAGGUUGGGUUAAGUUCUUCCGGGAAGCAGGAAUUCCUGCAGCAAUAGCUGCAGAUUAUGCUAUUACGUUCAAUGAUAAUCGCAUACAGAGGAAUAUGCUGUUGGAUUUGAACAGAGAAAUACUAAAGGAAAUGGGCAUUACGUUGAUAGGAGAUGUGAUUGCAAUAUUGAGACAUGCAAAAACAGUUCAUGACAAGAGAGCACGUGAAAGAAUUUUGGCUGCACAAUCAUCACCACAAAAGUCUGCAUCCCGUGGCCAAAAAGAUGGAACAGAGACAUCAGUAAAGGCAAGGAAACACAACGCAUCAAAAGAAUCAGGAAAACAGCCUUUCUCACUGGCUGCUCAAAAUGAAGUGGUGACUGUGGCCCCAAAAAAACGUAUUGCACCUGUUCAGUCUGAAAUUGCGGUCAGGCAGAAUGAAGAAGAUACCAGCAUGGAGGUGGACGAUGAAAUAAAAGUCAUCACACCGGUUCAACCACCCACAAAGAAGGCACGCAUGGUUCUACCAGAGCAUGAAGGUGGUUACCGCAUCACCAUGCCUGCAGGCACGACACCUCCAAGUCGUGCCAUCCUUUCAAUGGCGAGACAAUCAAACAAGCACCAUGGAACAGUAUUUGACCGCCUGGGAGAAUGUGUUGUGUCGAGUACUACAGGAGGAGGGACUCCUCCGGAAGAAACAGCCGGUGCUGGAACGACAGUCAUUACUGUCACAGGAGUAACUCCCAGUCCGAACAAGGUAGGAAAUUCAGUAUUUUCCCGUCUAGGACGAAAGAAAGCAGCUGCAUCACCUGUGGCAAAUUCAGCAACACCCGUGCGUGCUAUGAGGUCGAGUGGGCCAGUGCCAGGGCAGCUGCAGUAUGCAGGCAUACUUAAAAAGAAUUCCAAUUCGCCGUCAAGGAAAGGCACUAUUGUAAUAAAACAAAAAAAAGACUGGGACCAUGCGAGCAGAUGAGGAAACAGGAACUGCAAAAGAACGAUUGGGACUGAAGGAAGAUGGUCAAAAAGGGAGCACACUUAUUGAACCUGCAGUGGUCAGAAAGAUUCUUUCAACAACAGGAAAGAUGUCUGCGGGAAUACUGAGCAAUCCAGAA